GGCAUUUCAGUUGAAUGAGGGCAGUUGUAUACAAUGGAUGGGUAUAGGACCCUUCCAGUCCUGUUGCUUUUUGUCCUUUUCCAGACUUCACUAGGCAAGUUCGUUUGGAGUACGGGAGGAGCAUCAUCACUUUUUGUGGCCAUAGCUCUGCCAUUGGAUUUACCAAAUAAAGAAGUUUUUUUGUCAUACAACUUUGAGGCUUCCUACGAUUUGCCCAGGACCUGGAAAAAGAAGCCACCAUUUUUGCGUCAUGGCAAUGGCACUAAUGAUGAAAGUUUAUUAAGUGAUCACCAUGGCCACCAUCAGUUUGAUGAUUUUGUCUACGAUGAUGACCAACAUUCUGGACACAAACAUAAGCAUAAACAUCAUAAGAAAAAGAAGAAAACUAAGCCGAAACCUGGAACUGCUGGCAAACCACCAAAAAACAAGCCCAAACAUAAACACAAAAAGAAGCAUAAGCCCAAACCGAAACCGAAACCACCACCAGAGGAGGAGGAGGAGGAUGACUACAAGGACUUCUUCCAGGGAUUCCCCAUAGAUGGCAUGGGUGAACCCGUGGGCAGAGAUCGUGAAAAGAGAUCCCUGCUCUCAAGAUCUAAGUUCUAUGAGAUACUUAGUCAUCGUUUCGAAAUGCAUGGUUUAGGCUUGGGCGAUCGCUGUUUAUUGAGAUUGAUUUGCGAGGCGAAUAGCUACCAAUUGGGGGAUCUCAAUGGAGUGCUGGGCAGUUUGGUCCAUAUAAUGUUCAGUCCCAGUACUUCUCGAUACGAGGCAUUACCUAAGCGUUAUUAUAUCGCCGAGUUGGAUGGCCGGAAUGACAACUGUGGGGGCUAUCAUCCGCAAUGUCACCAUAAUAUUCUCGACUUGAUCACGCAACCCCUGACUAAUAAAGCCAAAAUGAACUAAUA